UAGUAGCUGCGGGUGGAGUAUCGCGCUGAGUAGCCCAAAGAGGGGAAAAAAGCAUAGGUUGUGUUAUUUAAAAGCUUAGCAAUAACGGUAAGCCACUGAUCAAGGAACUGUUAGAGCACAGAACUUUUACACACUCACCGAAAUUGGAUAUCAUUUUGACUGGGCGGCGAGGGACAGUAUUUUGAUGUGGAAUUUGUCAUCAUGACAGACAGAGCCAGGAUGCCGGUUUCAGUGGACAGAUGGAAGGCAAUUGUGGAAAUGUGCCUUACAAGAUCUCAAGAAGUUCCUGCUGUAAUGGCAAUAUAACUCUGGGAUUAAGCCAGAUGGUGGCUAACUGCUGUGGUUCUGCAGCUUACAAUCCGCUCAAUGAGAUUUGCUGUAAUAACAACAUACUGACUCUAAGCAGCACUCAGGCAAAAUGCUGUGGCAGUGUCACAUACCUGACAAGAACUCAUUUGUGUUGUGGUGGCAACAAAAUAUAUACACUCAAGGAAAAUCUUUCUUGUUGUGGCAAUAAAACCUUUGACAAGACAACCCACUGCUGCUGUACUGCACCUAAACUAGAAGUUAAGCCUAAACAUGAAACUUGCUGUCAAAAAGCAACAGACCUUAAAUGUGGAUCAAACCCCUACAAUCCCCAUGAACAAAUUUGUUGCUCAGGGAAACUGUAUAAGAGGGCAUCAGCACUUACUAAGUGCUGUGGUGAAGAUUUUUACAGUCUGUCGGAUGACAAUGUGCUGUGCUGUAAUGGAAUCCUUAAACACAAUGUGUCUGAGCAGUCAGAGUGUGUUGGUGGUGUUAUAUAUACUCCAGGAAACACUACUUGCCAGAUGUCUGUCCGUCCCCGUCUUGGUGAACACUGCUGUGGAGGACAAACCUUCAAUCCUCACACACAUAUUUGCUGUAACGGACACAGCCACAACAAGAAGAAUGGCAAUUUCUGUUGUGGUUCAGAAGUCUAUGACCACCACAACCAGUCCUUGAGAUGCUGCUCAGGUCAUCUUUACAAACUAACAAAUUCAAGUGGGGAAGCAGAGUGCUGUGGAAACCUAUUGCUCCAAUAUAAUAACAAUCAAACUUGCUGUUCCUCCUCAACCAAUACUGUAAUGUAUGACACCAAGCAAAACCACAGUUGCUGUGGGCAUUACUACUACAACACAUCCUUGUGGAGCUGCUGUGCUGAACAUCUCAAACCAACACCAAAGCCUAACAACUCUCCUGCAAAAUACAGAAUUAAACCUCUAAUGGACCUGAUCCCUAAAAUGUGCAAUAAAAAAGUGUUCUUCGGCAAAGUGGAGAGUGUGGCACUUGAAAAUGAUCAGCGUCUUGUGGUGUUGAAAUUUGUUUGGCAGGUCAAUGUGAAAUCAGAAAAAAUCAUCAAAGACCCUUGGCUUCAUGUGUCCCUGGAUCACUGCAGCUCUCCUGCCACAGAGAACGGCAUGACCUACCUUUGGGAGGAAAUCCACAAUGGGGAGUACAAGCUUCUCUCUCACCCUGUUGAUCUAACCUCUGACAUUCAGAUGUUCUAUUCUGUGUGUUACCAAAAGAAGAGAUAGAAGAAUGGAUUGAUGUCUAUUUCCCAUCAUUUCAAAACAUAUUCAUGCUGGUUACCACACGAUUUUUGUCUUGGUGCUAUCAUUAACUCUAAAUAACCCUAGUAUGUAAAUGGCCACUAUAGUUGAAAGCUAAGAACCUUUAUUCCCCGAAGACAAGUUUUCAAAACCUCUGUUACUAUAGAAUUACACGGCAUUAUGGCAGAGGCAUCAUAUGUUGUUCAUCUGUGCGCUUUGCCUCAUUGGUUAUUUUUAUUUCAUCUCAAUAAUUGAUUGGUUCUGUAUGAGUGAUGCAUUAAGCUAUUUAAUUAGUAAGGUAACUGUAAGGUUUGUUUAGCUAAUGUGAAACAUAAAAAAAAAAAAAAUGAAAUAGAAUUAAAUGAGAAAACAUUAUUCUUUUUGAAUGUAAUAUUGAGUUCUCAAAGAGCUCUUGAUUGUUUAUUUGUUUUUAAUUCUAAAUUGCUAUUAAGUGUCAGUUUUAUAAAUUUUAUGUUGCACUGCAUGGCCUUAUAAGCAGAUUUUAAUUCUAGUGUAUUUAAUCAGUCUCAGGUCUAUUCCAAUUCUGUUUGAAGGGUUUUAAAGGCCUUCAUGUACUAUUGCUCAAAGGUUCUCAAAUGCAAUGAAUAGGCUUUUUCCUAAUCCUUGAAAAGACAGCAGCUUUUUCCUACAUAUAUAUUUUUUGAUAACAACAGCUCAAAUAUAAGCUUGAUCUAGAUAUGUAUUUUUUUUAUUAUUAUUACUAUUUCUUUUCAUUGCAUGACUAAUUUACAGGUUUAUUAAUACAGUGAUUCUCAUUCAUUAACCAUGCCUACACCAAAUUGUGUGAAAUCUGUGAAAUCUGUGUAAGCACAUUUUUAUACAGAAAUCUUGAUUCAUUAAUAAAUUUGCACUAAAAUGUAUUCUAAAUUUAUGAUUUAAUUUAGAGACACCACUGUGUUAAAGAUUUUAUCUAUAUGUCUAUGUAAUUAAUAUAUUUGUCUAUCCAAUACAUUUGAACUUCUCCAGUCAGUUCUUUUACUGUUGUUCAUGUCUCAGCUAUAUACAACUGUGAACACAUCUUUCAUUUAAACUGUUGUGUUACUUAUUUACUCAUUCAAGUUGUAUUAUGGCAAUGCAGAUAUGGAUCUUUGAAAAAAAUUACAAAUUGCCAUUUGUGAUUGUAUUUCAAAGCUAUUGUUUCUAAAUAAAAAUG